CACAGUCCGGCCGCCGGGAGCCAUGUUCGUUGAACUUAUCAGGCUGGCGGUGACGGGUGUGAUUCGGCGAAGCGAUUGGGCCACAGGCCUUGACAUACACACACUUCACGUAGUCGGAGAGUGAUGUUUUGGUCAUCCGACCUGGCAACAGAUUUUUGCUUAGCUUUGAUCUGCGUCAGCAAACAUUAGGGAGCUCCGGGAGGUCUCAACACGAACCUUCUCCCACCUCCUGGUACCGAGGGUGAGGCGAAGGAGGCACUUACCAUACCAGUUUUUAUUUUUAUCUGAAAGAGUAUAUAUGUAUCUUCCACUACUGGUCAAAUAAUCGCAGUAACAUGAAGCGCUUCUUUGGCAGUGAAGAACAGCCGCCUGCCAUUGAGAUCGUGGACUAUGACUUUGUCAAAAAGCUGCCGUGUGAACCACAGAAACUGCUCAUCGAUGUCCGGAAGCCCAAGGAGCUGAAAGAGACUGGCCAAAUCCCCACUAGCAUCAACAUUCCAUUGGCUCUGUUAUGCCAAGAGCUCAUCGCCAGCAAGUCGAUCUUCGAGUGCAAAUAUGGCCGGAAGAAACCUCAGCCGGACACCGAAAUCAUCUUCUACUGCAGAAGUGGUAAACGAAGUCUGCAAGCGGCAGAAACCGCCGUCGCAUUGGGCUUCCGAAAAGUCAAAAGCUACGAGGGUUCAUGGCUGGACUGGGCGAAGAAAGAGGGUCUUCCUGAAUAAAGGAAGAAGUAAACUAAUUCAAAACAAAAAGUCACCACAUUCAAAAUGUCCAAAUCUCACCACCAGAAUUUCCCUUAAAUAUUCUUAUUAGAGUAAAUUGGUCUGGCAACUUUCUGACUAACAGCUGAGCCGACAUUCA